AUGCCACUAGAAGUCCACCGCAUCACGUCGCCAGACGACUUGAGAACUUUCGCGGUAAUCCAGCUUGCCGCUUUCGAAAGUGGGGGUGGCAUAGCCUCUUUGCUCAAUCCCAAGCCAGUCACCGAUGAACAAAUCAAGAAAUACACCGACAAGCAUGUCAAAUCCUGGCGCGAAGAGCAUGAUGUUGUCUACCUCAAAGUAGUAGAUACGGAUGUAGACGGCGGCAAGAUGAUUGCUGGUGCAAAGUGGCGCAUUGCCGAGAAAGAGAAGACGGAAGAGGAGGCGCAGAAGAUGUACCCGACUCUUGAAGGAGACGAUCUGAACAACCAGGCGCUAGUAGAUUUCUUGGGCUUUUUGAAUAGGGCAAGAAAACAAUAUGUGAAUACCAAACCCAUUUGCUUCCUACAAAUUCUGGUAACAGAUCCGGAUCAUCACCGUAGGGGCGCAGGGUCUAUGCUAUUGAAGUGGGGUCUCAGCAAGGCUGACGAACUCGGUCUUCCGGGUUUCUUGGAGGCAUCGCCUAUGGGCAAGCCGCUGUAUGAGAGGAUGGGGUUUAAGACUCAGGAAACCGCGGUAUUUGAUCUGACAAAGUAUGGGGCGGAAGGUGAGGAUACAAACACGAUCAUGAUCAGGGAACCGUCACCAACCAAGGCGUAA